AUGACGUUCGAAAAGCUGACCGGUAUCGAGGUUCAGAUCCAAGAGUCAGAUGCCUCUACCAGUGAGCUUUGUGAUGAGAUCAAGGCUUUUAUCAAAGAUUGGGAUGCGCCCGAGAAUAAGGAUAACCCCAGGAAUUGGAGUUCUUUAAAGAAAGCAUGCCACAUCAUUCCAGUCUCCAUGCUUUGCUUAAGUGUGACUGCCGGUUCUUCAAUGAUUACGCCUGGAGUGUUCGCCGUCGCACACAAGUUCCAUGUAUCGCACACGGUGGCACUUCUGCCUCUGUCACUGUUUGUCCUGGGAUUGGCCAUCGGUCCCCUACUUGCUGCACCUAUCUCGGAGACUCGUGGCAGGGCGAUUGUUUACAAGGUUUCCAUGCAUCUGUACAUGCUAUUUAUCCUUGGCGCCGGUCUCUCGGAUUCCCUCGCAGGCUUGUUAGUAUGCCGCACACUUGCGGCGAUAGCUGGCGGUCCAUGUCUUGCUGUGGGUGCAGGCACUGUAGCGGACCUGUUCGAACCCAGACAGAUGGCUCCUGGCGGCGCAUUGGUGGUCAUGGCACCAUUCCUUGGUCCCUGCCUUGGUCCCGUUAUUGGAGGCUUUUCAGCUACGUUCACUGAUUACCGAUGGACCCAAUGGAGCACCAUAUUCCUAGCUCUCGGCGCAUACAUCCUUGUGCUGCCAACCCAAGAGACGCAUCGUGACGUCUUACUCAGGAGACGAGCAUUGCACAUGGGUCUUCCGCCUCCAAAACCCGAGCUUGCUCCACGCGAAGCAGUCAAAAUGCUUCUCACGAUCACUCUCUUCCGUCCGAUUCGGAUGCUCAUGUCUGAGCCCAUUGUCCUCUUGUACUCCAUCUACAACGCCUUCACUUUCUCAGUGCUCUUCGCCUUCUUCGAGGCCUACCCGAUAGUCUUCAUGGGAAAAUAUGGGUUCAGUAUUUCGCAGUAUUGUCUCACGUUUCUUGGUAUCGGCGCUGGUGUCAUACUCGGUGCGAUAGGCGCGGUGUUACUUGAUCUCCUAGUGUAUCAAAAGAUCAUGCGCAAGGGUGGUGAGCGUGCGAUACAAAGAGGACCCGAGCAGAGACUGUACAUUGGUAUGAUCGGUGACCUCUGCCUACCCAUUGGGUGA